AUGGACGAUGUAGAUGAAUUUUCAGCUGCCCCAGUGAUAGCUUGGCUCAUGUAUACCCGGGAUACCUUGCGGCAACUACAUUAUAAUGUGAGGACAACCCCGAAUGUCAAUAUCAUUGAGAAAUGCAGUCGGCAGAAGCUUGAAGUAUUGUCGUUGGCUCAUAACUCUGUAACAGGUGUUGAACCCAGUUAUCAGAAAUUUCCAUGUUUGAAGUCACUUUCCCUAAGUUAUGUCAGUAUAUCAGCAUUGGAUUUGAGCCUUUUGCUCACCGCAUGUCCAAAACUUCAGAAUUUGACCCUUAUUAAUCCUGAUAUUGCCAUGUCGGACGCACAGGCAAUUAUGGAACUUAACAGCUCUUCAUUGAAAGAUAUCUAUGUGGAAGCUGUCAGUUUAGACAAGUUCAUAUUGGAGGCUGAUGGCAUUGAGAAUCUGCACCUGAAAGAUUGUACCCUUGAGGCUUUCGAGCUUAUUGGUAAGGGUUCAUUGAGGGUUCUGAAGAUUGACGAUGUUAGUGUCCUCCAUCUAGAUAUUGGUGAGAACACAGAGAAUCUUCAGAUUGUGGAUGUUAGCAGCUUUACGAUUAUGUGGCCAAAGUUCUAUAACAUGAUCUCAAAAUCAUCAAAUUUAAAGAGGCUUCGGCUCUGGGGUGUUGUAUUUGAUGAUGAGGAUGAGGUCGUGGAUUUGGAGACUGGGACAUCUCCUUUGGAGAACGUGGUUGUGUUAGAACUUGGGUGGACUAUAAUCAGUGACCUUUUCUCUGACUGGGUAGCCGGACUUCUAGAAAGAUGCCCUAAUUUGAAGAAGUUGGUUAUUUGUGGCGUUGUUUCAGAAGUUAAAUCCCCUGAAGAAUGCCAAAGGUUCAGUUUGAGUAUGAAUAGAAGUCCUGCUGACUGCUGUGGUGACUGUUCAAAUUUGGCUCCGCGUGAUUGUCCAACAAGUGUGGUUACUAUUUGGAUAAUUUGGAUUCAAGCUGUUUAUGGUACUCAAUAUGGCUACCUUCCUGAAUAUGGGUCGCGGGUUUGGUAUGCUAUGUCUCCCGAUUGCUUGAGCAGUGUGGUUACUAUUUGGAUAAUUUGGAUUCAAGCUGUUUAUGGUACUCAAUAUGGCUACCUUCCUGAAUAUGGGUCGCGGGUUUGGUAUGCUAUGUCUCCCGAUUGCUUGAGCAGGUGA